AUGACUGGCAAGGGUCAUGGUGGCGAGGCCAAUGGGAGCUACUCUUGGCCUGAUGGCGAUGACGGGCAAGAGCGGGCACGAGGUGCCCCACUACAGCAGGAUGCUCCGGACGAGCAAGGCCGUCGCCGGGCUUCUUUUCAGUCCACGACGGUGACAGAUGACUUGUCAGCAGAUGCGGCUGAGGACACCAAGGAGUCUAGUGAUGCGGGAAGCCUGUCUAAGGUCAAUCCGAAGACUGGCAAGGACCACGUCCCGGAGUACGACGGAAAGGCCCCUAUGCGUGAUUACGAACGGCGUGUUCGCUUGUAUGAAAGUGCCACGGGGGUCGACCCGUGCUACAGGGCCCAGAAGCUCAUGGAGCGUUUGUCCGGAGCGGCAUGGACGGCAACAGAGGGCUUGGAGCUUCAGGACUUGAAACAUGAACAGGGAGUUCAAAGACUCCUCAAGCACCUUUAUCAGGAGCUGGAGCCCCUCGAGCAUCUUCGCGUGUUCAGCACCUUGACGGAGUUCUAUCGAGAUUUCAAGAGGACCGCAGGGCAAGAGUUUGUCGCUUACGACAUGGAGUUUCGUACCCACCUGAAGCGCCUGGAGGACAUUGGCGCCAAGCUGGAAGGCCUCACAAAGGCGUACUGGUUCUUGGAGAAGGCCAGUCUUUCUAGUGAUCUUCGCAAACAAGUUAUAUCAGCAUCGGGGGGCGAGUAUGACUAUGCCAAGCUUCGGAAGGCCUUGAUGGCUAUAGUGCCGAAAGUCAAACGUGAUGAAGAGGUGACGAGUACGACCAGGACACCCUUUCGACAGUGGAGGGGCAAAGGCGGUAAUCCUCGUCAAGUGAAUGCAACCACCGAGGAGGAUCAAGAUCGAGAAGAUGGCGACGACGAGGAAAUCGAGCAGGCCCCUCCAGAGGAGUUGGAGGGUGAGUUGGAAGUGCUUUUGACGCAGGCUGCCCGCAAACGUGCGGAAAUUGAAAAAGCUCGUGGAUUCUCUCGGGGAGAAUCUGGACAGGCCAGGGAAUCUAGAAUAAAGGAGAUGAAGUCGAGGAUGGCUUGUAGCGCGUGUCGUGCACAUGGCAAGACCGUUUUUGGCCACUGGCACAGCGACCCGGAGUGCCCCUAUAACACCAAGAAGGGCAGUCAGGACGGCAGUCGCGUGCUUGCGGUGGUCAACGAAGAGUUGAGCGACAGUGAGGAUGAUGACUUGGUGCUCCCAUCGAAUGUCAUGGCCACCUCUGCAGCCCAUGAAGGAAGCGAUGAAGAUCAGGCCCCAUGUGCAGAGGUGUGUGCAAACGUACAUGUAGCAUCCAGUGAGGAACCUCGGCGAGAAACUCUCGCCCUGAGUGACACAUGUUGCGCAAGGACAGUGGCAGGGAUUCGAUGGAUCGAGAAGCAUGUGGCUCUCCUUCGACAGCGGGGAGAAUCGGUUUUCACUGUCGACGAGGCUCGACCGUUUCGGUUCGGCGGAGGCCCAAGGAUCUCCUCGACACAUGCGGUCAUCAUGCCAAUCCAACUUCAGGGCUCAAGGAGGGCGGCUACCAUUCGAGUGAGCGUUGUUGACCAGGAGAUUCCCCUCUUGUUGAGCAAAACUGUCUUGAAGCAGAUGGGGAUGGUCAUGGACUUGGAGAGAGGGACAGUUGAAUUUAACAACUUGCAGACGAGAGUUCCACUCAGGGAGACCAAAGCGGGUUUAUGUGGGUUCCAGAUCAACAACGAGCCCACCGGAAGAAGGCUGGACCAUCCUCCACAUGAGCUCGCAACGGAUGAGAGAGAGAUUUUCAUCGAUCCCCGAGACAUCGAUGAACAGGUUUGCGUGGUCCAAGGGUCGGCUUGCUCCGACCAGACCAAUCCGGUCCAAGGGUCGGCGUGCUCCGACCAGACCAAUCAGAAGGUGCGAGCUACCAGAGAGAGUGUCAGGUCUUUGCCCAUCCGGCAUUCGAAGCGCCACCGGGACAUCAACGAUGGACCAGGACACAUCUACUACAACGUGCACGAUGGAGAGUGGCUGAAGGGGAGACUCAUUGAGACGUAUCAACGUCGACACAGACACUAUGAGGGCUUUGGAGAAGCUCAAAUUUCCAAUUCGAAGAGCGGCGGCUUCCAGAUUGCGAGUUUCAGCCUCCUCUUGGGACUGAGCAUGGCGACGAUCUUGGCACCCAAGAAGAAGGAAGAGUAUGUCAUGGCGGUGGCGAGUCGGUGCAAGGUGGCACCAACGGAGCUCAGAGCGCACACCCUAGAUCGCCUGAAGGAGCUGUGGAGUGCCGUGAAGCCACCUCGUCAGAACUCAGUGCUGCCUGCGAACUGGGGGAAGUUGGACUUGCAAGGACUUCGGGAACUCUAUUCGGGCCGCGUCGUCGACGACCUUGGACGGGACCAGGAUCAUCACUGGGCUCGAUGGUCCCGCAGCCAAGUGAUCAUGGAGAUCGAGAUGUGGGCAGCGGACGCAGCAGAGGCUACCCAGAUGGACCGCGACUUGGAGAUGACAGCUCUGGGACCACUCUGUACCCUCUGCCAUAUCCCGAUGAUGGAGAGAACCACUCGGUUAACGAAAGAACCGUUCUGGGGUUGCAGACGGUUCCCCGUUUGCAAGACGACACUCCCGUACCUGUACGAUGGGAGGGCCACGAAGCAGGUGCAGGAGGAGCUCCAGGCCAAGGCCAAGCAAGACACGAUCAACAAGGAGAAGAACAAGCCUCUCAUGCAUCGGGAGCGGCCGAAGCCCAGGCGGGCCAAGGAGGACCAAGGCGGCGCGCAGGCCUCUUCGGAUGGCUCAUGGGUGAGGACCGGCCCCAUCAAGAUCGAUCACGACACGGAGUCAUCCCAGGACGAGAGCGGCGAGCCCAAGAUCAACACCAACUUGACGCCGGAGGAGGCCGAGCUGAUUCAGCAGAUGCGAGUUCAGAAGAAAGCUCAGGCCACCAAGAUCGGCAAGGGCACGGGAUACCCCAGCAAGAUUAGAAAGAGGGUUCGUGAUGGUAAUGCUCGGAGGGCCCACUUGAAGAAGGGUGUUGUGAAGAGGCUGCUUGGCAAUGCUCGGGCGAUGAUCGCUGGAGUAUUCAUUGCAUCAACCGCGUUAGCAGGCAAGAAUAUCGGGAGUAGCGACAGCAUAGGGAAUCAGCUGACACGCUUCGACGGGACGUCGCAAGGGCCAUCUGUCGAGGGUACGCUACUUAUUUGCGAGACGUGGAUCCAGGGUGAUGCGAUGGAUGAAGAUGAUGGUGAUGAAGAGCUCAUUCCCGACCUGGAGGAGCCCCACGGUGAUCAGAGAGAUCAUCAUAUGGAAGAUCAGGUGCCAGUGGGAAGGCGCCUCAGUGAGGCAAUUCGCCAGGGCCUGAUAAAGGUUCAGCUGGAUUGUGUGUGCAUUCGAGAUGCAAACAAGGAGAAUCACUGGGGAUGGUGUAAAUGGGCCGGACCACCCAUGCGGGUGACCACCGACCUGGAAGGGGGAUUCGUAGGAACCGCCCAUUUCCAGGCCGGUAAGAUUGAGCGCCACAACCAGACGAUUAAGGAUAUGAUGUUCGCGACAAUCCGGCAGACCAGCCCGAUCGGUAGGGAGGACAUGCGUAAGCUCUCUAGAGAAGUUGCUUGGGCAAAGAACUGUCUUGUCCGCGAACAUGGAUGGGCACCUGUUGCUCUAGUCUUCGGGAGGGAGCCUCGAGUGUUUGGCGAACUGUAUCAUGAAGGGAAUCCAAGUGCUUACCAUCCUUCCGUAGGCGAGCCGGGAAGCGACGUUGCUGUUCGUAUGCGAUACAGAUAUCAUGCGAAGAUGGAGUUCGUUCGCAGCCAGGCCCGGCAGAUGUUGUUGAAGACGGCUCACAAUCGCGCGCGAAAGCUUCCGGUUCCCAAGAUUGGUCAGUUGGUCUUCUUUUGGAGAGCUGGAAACCAGAAGAAGGGUGAGAGCCAGAGUAAGUGGUUAGGGCCCGCUUAUGUGGUUGGAUUGCAGGAUCGCAAUGCCUGGGUUGCUGUUGGAGGUAGGUGUUUUCUGGUGGCCGGUGAACAUCUGCGGGAGGCUGUAGGAGAUGAGAAGUUUUUCGGUGAUCCGGAGAUUCAGAAGACGGUUGCGCUUUUUAAGAAGAUCCCGAAAGAGGCUACGUAUGAAGACCUUAUAGGACAGGAGGACCGCCAGGGUGAACCAAUGGAUGUCGAAACACAGCCUCUCAAUCGUGACCUCACAGAUGAGCUCAUGAUGGACGAAGACACCUGGGCAACUGACGGGUUGAGUGA